CGUCAACAAGUGCCAUGAGAUUAAGCUACCUGCUAUCGCUUAUCAGCUUUCUGCUUCAGCUUUGUCACAAUGUGGCUAUUUUCCCGGGCAAUAUUGUGAAUCAUUACUAUUUGAACAAGCAGCGUUUUCUGUUGGAAAUACUUCAUCACUUGCCAGAACCUUUGCUCCAUGAACAAUGGCUCGGAUUGGGCCAACAAAUUGUCACGGAUAAGUCGCAAUAUGUUCAUUAUAACGAUCACAUGAUUAAGUUCUAUCAAUUGUUGAGCACAGACCGAUUGUUGCCCCGUGAUGUAUAUUACAAUCCUCAACAGCCUGAGCACUACCAGGAGACAGUGGGACUCUUUCACUUCUUCUACAAUACCCGGGAGUGGAGCACUCUCAGACAGAACAUCUGUUGGGCCAGAGUCUUUGUGAAUCCGGGACUCUUUCUAAACGCCCUAAUACAGACUUUAAUGAAGAGAGACGAUUACCGUGCCCUAAUCGUGCCAAGGAUCUAUGAACUCUUGCCUGCUCCUUAUCAUAGCGAACAGGUAUUGAGGGAAGCGAGUAGAUUCAACUAUGCGAAUUGGAUCUGGCAAAAUCAGGAGCAGGGAAAUGACACGGGAGUGCAGUUGGUUCUGCCCAAGAGGUUGUUACCCGAUAACUUAUCGGGAGGUCUGCGCAAUACGAGCAAGUGGAGUGAAGCCAUGUCUGAGGUGCACAUACUUAGCCUAGAGGAGAGGAGACAAUCCAAGGGACUGGCUCUAUUGAUUGAGGACCCUGGCUGGCUUUCCUACUGGUACUACAUCAAUAUGGGUAUAGCUCUUCAAGAAGAACCGACGGAAACCGAUAGACUACGGGAUUGGUUUUACUUUCAGCUGAGUCAACUUCUGGCACGCUACAAACUGGAACUUUAUGCACGGAAAUUGGAAUACAGACGACUGGCAAGAGUUAGAAAACAAGAGUUUACACCCUUACGAACCUGGCAUUAUCAACGUUACCAGCUGGAAACCGAAGAAACUUUAGAGUAUCUCUCAAAUUUAAUUGAGAAGUUAUUAAUAGAUGUACAGGAAGCCAUUUCCACUCAACGCCUUCUUCUAUCGAACGGCACUCUGAUUGAUCUGCGUCAUGAUCAGAAUUGGCAGCUCGGUCUAGCGGAGCUCUUUCCCUACGAUUUGAGUCAACUUCAGAUGCCAUCCGCCAAGGAAGCACAGCAGCUUCUGGACCUUCACACGAUGUUGCGAGAUCCCAGGUUUUAUUUCUAUGCCGAUCGUAUACUGUAUGCCUAUCGAUCAUAUCGCAGUGCAUUUCAACCGAACUAUCGACAGCUUGUUAGACCCACAGAUUUGCGCAUACUUGAGGUGCAAGUUAGUCCUUUAAUCACCUAUGAAGAGCCUGUGGACAUUGAUGUAAGCAAUCUGUUACAUAGCAGGCACUUUUUCUUUGGAAAUCAGUUCAUGUGGCCUCAGGCAAUGCAAGUCCGGAAGAGGCGUCUGCAACAACGACCUUUUAGGAUCAACUUGCAACUGGAAAGCAACAAGACACAGUCAAUCAUAUUGCGAACCUAUCUUACCACAUCGGGUGGAAAUAUGAAUGAAGAACCCUUCUAUCAACUGGAUUCCUUUCUAACUGUUCUCCAUGCGGGAAAUAACUUCAUCAAUCGCGAAUCAAUUGAUUUUUCCGGCAUGAUCGGUGAUCAUAUUAGCAUUACUGAGCUUUAUCAUUAUGUUCGUCUGGCUGAAAGGGAUCAGUUUGACUUUCCUUUAAAUAUAACUAUACCAAGCUGCGGUUUCCCCAGACGUCUGAUUCUGCCCCGAGGGGGUGCCACAAAGGGGUUGUCAAUGCGACUCUUUGUUCUAGCCACGCCCUACAACUACAGGGCGAGACAGGAGAAUGAACUAAACUGUGACUUUAGCAACGGUGUCAGCAGCUGGGAUGAGCUUCCCUUUGGUUACCCCUUCGAAAGAUUUGUAGGGGAUGAGGAAGAACUCCAUGAUGCACAUACAAUGUGGAAAGCAGUUGAGAUACAACAUGAAGAUCGCAAUACUUUAAUCGACAACUAAUCUGCAAGUUAUGCCUUUAUAAUGGAUCGGUAUCGGUCAUAGCUUCCCCUUCUACUGCCUUCUUUGAAUGCGUAAAGCAAGUCCAUAAAAUAAAAUUAAAGUCCAAUA